AUGGCCAAGGUUGCCCUUAUCACCGGCGGCACCAGCGGAAUCGGCCUCACAGUCGCCAAGCACCUAAGCCAGACCGGCAACUGGCAGGUCAACGUUAUCGGCAGCAACGAAGAGCGAGGCCAAGAAGCAGCAGCCUCCCUCUCCAAUGUCACAUUCUACCAAGCCGACGUGCGCAAUUACCAACAACUAGCCACUGUAUUCGAUCAGGUCUUCAAUGCCAAUGGUCGAAUAGACUUUGUCUUCGCGAACGCCGGAAGAGCAGACAACACCGAUUUCUUCGCUAAGUCUGAGACUGGCAUCCCGCCCGAGCCGGGUUCCGAACUUAUCGAUAUCAACGUGAACGGCGCUCUAUAUACCAGUUAUCUUGCGAUGCAUUAUUUUCGUCGCUCUCCGGAGGCAACGAAGGGGUAUAGGAAUUUGAUACUCACGUCCAGUAUUGGGGGACUAUACCCAUGCAUGCUAACCCCUGUGUACUCUAGUACUAAACAUGCGCUUAUUGGAUUCACUCGCUCUGUUGGAGAGCGCCUUUGGGAAGAAGGAAUCCGGGUCAAUGCUCUGUGUCCCGGGGUGGUGGAAACGCCCCUUCUCGCCAUUGAGGAGUUUCAGGCGAUCUUCCCUCGCGAAAUAUUCAUUCCUAUGGAUGUUGUAACUGGCGUAAUAUUGCAGCUAUUGUCUGGGGAGGACAUGGUAGAUGCCAAGGGGAUGCGUGUCGCUGGUGAUGAGAUGCAUUCCCGAGCUCUUCACGUUUCAGGGAAGAGCUUCUUUUUCAUCGAAAAGCCAGAGAUCCAUGACGAGCAGACUCGGAUAACAUGGGCUGCAAUGAUGGGACAUAAAUAA